AUGUCACCUAAACAAUACCUCCUUGCUGGUGCGUUGCAUGUCAUGACGACGUGGGCGACAUGUGCGCCUGGCUACUACAUGCCUAUCCUUGCAAACUUCCAACUUCAGCUUCCUUAUGGCACCGAUGAUACGCCUCUUUACGUGUCUGGCUCGGAGCUCAGCGGUUGUGACGGAUACCAGAAUUCCAGCUGGUUCUACUGGAAUGAGACGAGCAGUCAUCUCGUCAUGAACGCACCCCCAAGCUCAACCGACUGCGCAAAAACACCGGGUAGUAAGCACUGCCGCACCGAAUUGCGCGAGGAAGACCCGUCGAGCUGGUCACCAAGUGGCACAAACACCAUGACCGUGACCCUAAGUGUCCCCGAAGCGGACGACGGUAGUCAUGGCACCGUGAUCGGACAGGUGUUUUCCGCCGAAUACUCGAAACCUGUUGUCGAAUUGUACUAUGAGCAGUCGGGUAAUAUAUUCAUGGGCGUAGAGCAGACAACUACUGGCGGAGAUACGGAUUUUACACAGGUUGCAACUGUCCCCGAGGGAACCAAGUUUACCUACGAACUCAGCUACUCUGACUACGUUCUGUCCUUUGCAUUGAACGGCGGAACCCCGGCCACCUUCGACACUAGCCAGCUUGGCUAUCCGAACGGCUAUUUCAAAGUGGGUGAUUACAACCAAGGCACCAACGACUACAGCAAGGUGGACGUGUAUUCCAUUACCAUUGUGCAUGAGUAG